AUGGAAGAACAAGGAAGAAACCCAGACGACGGAAAUAGUUGGAAAAAGGAUAAUUAUGGAUUAAAAUCAAGUGGGAAAGAGCUAUUAGUGAUGACUGUAGAUAUUGGAGAAGGAAAACAAGAUAUUGUUACUAUAUGUGAAAAAGACGAUCCAAAUCAGCUUGCUCAGGAUUUCGCUAGAAAGCACUGCUUAGACUUAUCAUUCCAGACGUCUCUUGCUUCAAUAAUAAAACAAAAUAAAGAAAUAAUGCAAAGCCCUUCAUAUAAAAGUACGUCAAAAAUUUUAGAUUUACCUGAAUCCUUCUCCUUAUCGCAUACCCAAAAAGGAAAUAUUCAAACCGAGCCUGCAAAAAAAGCUUCAAUUAUUAGCAAGCCUGACCAAAAACUCUCAGCCCAAGUAGACUUUAAAGCUUCAGGCACAAAUUCUUAUGGGAAAAUUCCUAAUAAACUUCAGAUAAAUUCAGUUAGCCUAAAAGAGCUAAAAAUACAGCACCAAAAACUAUCCUCAGAGUCAGUAAAAUCAUUAUGUGUUGGCCUUAUGUCUAACACCGUCAUCACAAAUUUAAUUCUCCAAUCAAAUUCCCUAGGAAAUUCUGAAUCAAUUAGUUAUAUUUCAUCACUUUUGACUACAAAUCAAUGCUUAGAAGUGCUCGAUAUUUCUCAUAACAAUAUUAAUGACGCAUCUAUACAAAGCUUAUGCUUGGUUUUAGCAGACGUUAAGCUGAAAGCGCUGAUAUUAGACCAUAAUGAUAUUAAAUCUGCUCCUAUUUGGCAAGGACUUAAUUAUGCUGUUUUAGACUGAUUUUAUAAAAAAAUUAUAUAUAGUUACUAUUCUUUUUAAGGAAAAAUGUGCUUUGCUUGUCAAUUUUUAAUAAAAUUAAGCCAAUUAGUCUUUAUAACACAUCAAUAGAAGAAUUUUCAAUUAAUUUCAACCCGUUAAAUUUUGAAUCUGUGUCAAAUAUUCUUGAUAUUUUAUUAAUAAACAAAAGGCUUAAAUGACUUGGAAUUAUGGGAAUUGAGCUGUCUGGGCCUGCUCCUAUUAAAGAAAAUCAAAGCGGACAAUUAUCGACUAGAGAGGCGAUUUUAUUUAAAUUAGCACAAGUAUUGAGAUAUAGCAGCUUGGUGGCUAUAGCAAUCGAUAUAGAUCCUUCUGAUAGGUUUUCACUAGAAGAAUUGGAAAGUACAUUGAUAAAGCAUAAUAGGGUGCUAAAACAAAUAAUAUCAAGAAAUAUUAAUUGGCAAAAAUUAGAUCCUGGGAGUCCCUUGGUAAGAAUUUUGAGGUCACUUAAAGCUAAUGCAAGGAUAAACCAAAAUUAUUUUGUACCAGAAUAUAUGCAAAAUGAAUAUUUCAAUGGAGUUGAAGAUUCAGGAAACGCUGAAUCCUUAUCUAUGAGACAAAAAUCGCCUGAACACCUUCACAGAUCAUCAUUAUCAUGUGACUCCAAAGACUUUUCAUUGCUUACUAUUGAUGACCCAGGCCUGGAAACAGUCCCAAAAACCCCUCAAUUUUCGAUUUCCCAAAACAAGUCCCAGUUCACUGAAAAAGAAUCAGACACUUUACUCAAUCCAAUCCACAGAGACUUCACUCAAAAAAAAGACACAAAGCAAGAAAUUGAUGACAAAUUGACCAACUCCUUUACUUUAACUGACACAACCCAUGAAACGCCUCUAAUUGAGUCUCCAAGAGGAGAGGAUUCUAUUAUGGACAACCCUACAAUGAUGAGCUAUUUUCAUACUUUUAUUUCUACCAUGGAAAAAUUUGAGCAGAAAAUAGAUAUUUUAAGCUCCAAAGUUGAAGUUAUUGAGAUGAAAGUUUCUAAACAAUCCAAAGAAAUGGCUUCACAAAAAGAAGAAUUAAUGAAAGCAUUGGAAACGGUCUCAGAACAGUCAAGAAAAAAUGAAAAAAUUAUUAAAGAAAGCAUAAAAAAAAUAAAUGAUAGGGUUUCAUAUUUAGAAAGAGGGCUUAAAAAAGGAAAAGAAAAUGAGCUAUGCGAAGAUACUGAAAGUAAUAGCAUUAAUAAAGAAAUUUAUAAGCUAGAAAAUGAACUAGAGCUCGAAGAACACUACUCAAAAAUAAAAAACAGCCAAGACAAAUGAAAACAAGAAAUGAGACAAAGAUUAACGAUCCUUGAAAAAAAAGAAAACGAGAUUGACUAUAUUGUAAAAAAUAUUUCUGAAAAAUUCGACAAUGAGAUAAACCAAAGGCUAAAUUAUUUUGAAAAUAAAUUAAGCAAGGUUUAUGAUUUUGACAGAGAAAAAGAUUCACUUUUUUAUUCGAUAAAUGAAUUGGAGCGAAAAAUGCAGAAAUUAGAUGAAAAAGUAGUUCGAGAAGUUGUACAGAUAAAAGAGGUGCUGCCGACUGAAACAGCACUAAGAGUAGAAGAUUUAAAAGCUGAUUAUACAGAAUCAUCAAUAAAGACUACAAAAAACAGGCAGCCGAUCUUAAAAACACCCGAAAAAUACAAAAUCCAAGAAAAUUCUUUUCAAAAUUUUACAUAUAGGUCAAAAUCAGUCAGAAAACCUAUGAAAUUAAAUACAUACCGGCAAGCAAAUUCUGCUAGGAAAUCAUUAGUGGUAAGGAAAAUUGAUGAGGAAAAAGAAAUCAGCGAGUUUAGGCCAGAAAUUUCUAGAGAUUCUCCUAUAAUGAAAAGAAAAGAUUCUGAACCAUUAGCAGAAUAUGUAGAAAAAUCAACCCAAAAGGAAGAUUUUUCUGAAAAAUCAACGCAAUCCCCAGAGAAAAUCAAUGUAGCCAAUUCUUGUGAAUUAGCCAGCUACUUCCCAAGUGAAGCAGAAAGUAUAUUAGUCAAUGCAAUGCUGGAAAAAGUCAAUUUUAAAAGAAAUCCAAAUUCUAAACAAUGGAUAAAUAAGCCAAGAAAUUUAAGCCCUCAGUCCUCUUCAUUUUCUUCAAUAUCUCAGUCUAGAUAUAACCAUAGUAAGCAGCUGAGUUCAAGUGAUAUUACAGAGUGCGUCCCUAGUGCUGAAUUACAAGAAAAUUUGAAGCAAAGAGGACUGUUUAUUACUGAAAAUCAUACUGCUUUUCGGUAUUAA